AUGUCAUGCAACAAUAACUGUGCUGAAUUACGUAAUUUAUGGCUUGUUCGAAAGCCAAAAAUUUUUCACAAAAACGGGUCUGGUGCGAUUGUUCUUCCAAACUUGCAUGAAGGCGGCAAUAGAUGGGUGGCUUAG